AUGACCUCCUCAGCACAGCAACGCUUAGAAGCCAUUCAAAAGACAAUUGCUCCAACAUCCACAUCACAAGCUGAGAAUCCACCAUUCCCAUACCCAGUCCCCAACUCAACGGUCUCGUUUUGGAGAACGGAACUUCAUCCUCUGGAUAGUCAUCGAAGUACGCCUGAGUUGCCGGAAUCAUGUGAUGUUGUUGUUAUUGGAGCUGGGUAUACGGGAGUGGCUACCGUUCAUCAUUUGCUGGAAGGGAGGGAGGAGAGGGAUGCGGGGAGGGGGAUAGUGGUUCUUGAGGCGAGGGAGGCGUGUUCGGGUGCUACGGGCAGAAAUGGAGGCCACCUAAAACCAGACGUAUACUUCAACAUACCAAAAUACCAAAAAAUGUACGGCCCCACAAUGGCCACCACCAUCGCAGCCUUUGAAUCCUCCCAAAUCCACGCCGUAAAAGCCCUCGUCGACAAAGAGAAAAUAGACUGUGACUUCACCCUCACCCGCGCCGUGGACGCCUGUCUCGACCAAGCCCACGCCGACAAAGCACUCGCUGAGUUCGAGGCCCUGGUUGAGAGCGGCGAGCCGAGUACCAGGGACGUGUGUUGUAAGGUCGGGAAAGAGGCUGAGGCGCUGAGUGGGGUGAAGGGCGCGAAGGUUGCGUUUAGUUUUACGGCUGGGCAUGUUUGGCCGUAUAAGAUGGUUAUGCAUCUCCUGCAACGGGCUGUUGAUCGGGGCGUGAAUUUGCAAACUAACACACCCGUCCUCUCUAUCUCGGACACGGCGUCGAAGGAAGGAUACUACACCCUCACAACCCAACGAGGACCUUUAUUAGCCAAGAAAAUCCUCUUCGCAACAAACGCAUAUACGUCCUCCCUCCUACCCUCCUAUACCGAGAAAAUCGUCCCCGUCCGUGGAAUCUGUACUCGCAUCACGUGUCCCCCAGGAACGACUCCUCCUUACUUACCCAACAGCACGAGUGUCCGGUACGGACCUGGAUGGUACGACUACCAGAUUCCGAGACUGGAUGGGAGUAUUGUGGUUGGGGGAGCGAGACAUAAGUUUAUGCAUGAUUUGAAGGAGUGGUAUAAUGUUACUGAUGAUUCAAGAUUGAUUGAGCCGGCUGUGAGCCAUUUUGAGAACGGAUUGAUGCAGAAUACUUAUUCUGGGUGGGAAAAUUCGGGCGCGAAGUUAGAUAGGGCUUGGACGGGCAUUAUGGGGUACACUUCAGAUCUGAUGCCGCACAUUGGAGCCGUGCCUGGAAAAGCGAACCAAUAUAUUUGUGCAGGGUUUAAUGGCCAUGGAAUGCCAUUAAUAUUGUUGGCCACGAAAGGCGUAGCCAAGAUGAUUCGAGAAGACUGCUCGUUUGAGGAGACGGGUAUUCCAGGCGCCUUUAAAACAACAGAAGAGAGAUUGAAGGACAAACAGAAUGCAAUCUUGGACUCGAAACCUCAAUGA